AUGGUCAAGUUCGAUGUUGCCGAACCCGAGGACAAGAAGUCCAUCGCUGGUUCUUCCAGCGCAUCGAGCGCUGACGGUGGGUCUGUGAAUGGCGAGCGCAAACGCAGGAAGAGGGACGCCAAGGAGCGCAACAAGAAGAAGCACAAGUCAGAACACGACGGCAGUGUCGAGAUCAUCAACGGAGGCCAUCCAAGAACAGAGAGGAGGGAAAGUCUGAGCAAGGCCGCCAGAGACCCCAGGGACAUUCCGGAGCCAAAAAAGAAGCACAAGAAGCACCACAAGGAGGGCAAGGACGGCAAGAUUACGCGCUCGCCCAGCCCGGUCAUUGACUUUGACGGACUGAGCAGACCAAGCCGAGGAACUCGAGAACGUCUUGAAGAGAACGAGCAACAAGCCGCCGUCCGACUACAGAAGCUCAGCGGUGCCGUGCGCACCAUUCUUGAGUGUGUUGGAGAGGACCCAGACCGCGAAGGGUUGCUGGCGACACCUGAGAGGUAUGCCAAAGCAAUGCUCUUCUUCACCAAAGGAUACCAGCAGAAUGUCGCCGACAUUGUCAACGGCGCCAUCUUUGAAGAGGGCCAUAACGAAAUGGUCAUUGUGAAGGACAUCGAGAUCUUCAGUCUGUGUGAACAUCAUCUGGUUCCCUUCAAUGGCAAGAUGCACAUUGGAUACAUCCCAAGCCAGUCCGUCAUCGGGAUUUCCAAACUGCCCCGAAUUGCCGAAAUGUUCAGCCGACGCCUACAAAUCCAGGAGAGGUUGACGAAAGAGGUGGCAAAUGCCAUAUUCGAGGUGCUCAAGCCUCAAGGUGUUGCCGUGGUCAUGGAGUCGAGCCAUCUUUGCAUGGUCAUGCGCGGUGUUGAGAAGACCACGACGAGCACCAUCACCAGUUGCGUCCUUGGCUGUUUCGAAAGAAAAGAAAAGACAAGGAAUGAGUUCCUCAAUCUCAUCGGGCUUAACCGGCGCUGA